AUGGCACUGGGGGCAAAGGCACGCCGGUGGCUGGCAGGGCGCCGGCUGUCCCUGAGCUGUGCACGCACACUGGGCACCAGAGCCGCUCAGGCCCCCAAGGCGGUGCUGCCCUUCGAAGCCAUCCCCCAGUGCCCCGGCAACAAGUGGCUGAGGCUGCUGCAGAUCUGGAAGGAGCAGGGCUCCGAGAACCUCCACCUGGAGAUGCACCGGACCUUCCAGGAGCUGGGGCCCAUCUUCAGGUAUGACGUGGGAGGGACACACAUGGUGUACGUGAUGCUGCCCGAGGAUGUGGAGAGCCUGCAGCGGGCCGAGAGCCCUCAGCCCUGGCGGCCGCUCCUGGAUCCCUGGCUGGCCUACCGACAGCAUCGUGGGCACAAAUGUGGCGUGUUCUUGCUAAACGGGCCCGAAUGGCGCGCGAACCGGCUGAAGCUCAACCCGGACGUGCUGUCGCCGCAGGCGGUGCAGAAGUACAUCCCCAUGGUGGACAGGGUGGCGAGGGAUUUCUCAAAGGCCCUGAAGUCAAGAGUGCUGCAGAAUGCCCGGGGCAGUCUGACGCUGGACAUCCAGCCGAGCAUCCUCAACUACACCGUAGAAGCCAGCAAUUUAGCCCUUUUUGGAGAGCGGCUGGGCCUCCUCGGCCCUAGCCCGAGUCCUGCCAGCCUGCAGUUCAUCCGGGCCCUGGAGGCCAUGUUGAAGUCCACCGCGCAGCUCAUGUUCAUGCCCAGGGACCUGUCACGCUGGACGAGCGCCAGGGUGUGGAAGGAGCACUUCGAGUCCUGGGACUACAUCUUCCAGUACGCCAACAAUGCCAUCCAGAAAAUCUACCAGGAGUUGGCCCUCGGCGGCCCACAGCACUACAGCGGCAUCGUGGGGGAGCUGCUGAUGCACGCGGACAUGACCCUGGAGGCAGUCAGGGCCAACUCCAUCGAACUCACCGCCGGGAGCGUGGACACGACGGCCUACCCCUUGCUGAUGACUCUCUUCGAGCUGGCGCGGAACCCUGACGUGCAGCAGGCCCUACGCCAGGAGAGCCUGGUGGCCGAGGCCGGGAUCACUGAGAAUCCCCAGAGGGCAACCACAGAGCUGCCCCUGCUGCGGGCGGCCCUCAAGGAGACCUUGAGGCUGUACCCCGUGGGCAUCUCACUGGACCGGCAGGUGGGCUCGGACGUGGUGCUGCAGAACUACCACAUCCCGGCAGGGACCGUGGUCAAGGUGCUGCUCUACUCCCUGGGUCGAAACCCCUCUGUGUUCCCGAGGCCGGAGCGCUAUCAUCCCAGGCGCUGGCUGGACAGCAGGAGCUCUGGCACCAGGUCCCCCAGCCUGGCCUUCGGCUUCGGCCUGCGCCAGUGCCUGGGGCGGCGCCUGGCAGAGACAGAGAUGCUGCUGCUGCUGCACCACGUGCUGAACCACUUCCUGGUGGAGACCCUCACGCAGGAGGAUAUAAAGAUGACGUACCAGUUCAUCCUGAUCCCCUCCACCCUCCCGCUCCUCACCUUCCGGGCCAUCAACUAGUCACGUCACCAUGCUGUGGGGACAGCCGCGCCACCAGCCCCUCCCUGCCUGACCCCAGGCCACCCUGUUAUCGCCCAAGAGCCCUGCUCCCUGCCCCGCGACACUGUGCGGCCAGGCCAGCACCUUGCUCGAAGGGU